AUGUCUACUGCAAGCAUCAAGGACCAUGCCAAUACCAUGUUGAAUCUGCUGGAUAUGGAACGGGGGCCGCAACAGGAGGCUUGGUCAUUAAGCAGGUUUGUCAACUUGAGCUCCGCCUUUGAGCAUCCGCUCACGGGUUUCUCUCUUGUCUUAUUUCAGGCACUUCUCAAUGCUAAAGAAGAUCCGAAGUACAACUCCAUUUGGUCGGCCACUUGGGGUUUGGUUUUCUUCGGCACUUCUCAUCGCGGUGCGAAAGCCGUGGAGCUGGGAAAGAUUGCUUCCAGAGUUGCCCGAUUUGUCUCCAAGGGCAAUGCCAGCAAUGAUCUUCUUGACUGUCUCGAGCACAAUUCGCUUUUUACUAGACAAAUGACUGAUCGGUUUUGGCAUCACCUAGAAGACUAUCGCGUGGUUAGCUUCAUUGAGGGUAAGGCCAUGCAGCUUGGGGGUACCGGUCCAGUGUCGCUGGUGGUGGACGAGGAAUCAGCUGUUAUGUGCAAAGUGGGCUCGCGAGGCCCCAUGUACCGCUUGAUCAAGGGAAACACCAAGCAGUUGGUCGAUCAAGCACUUCUGUCCGAGCAAGGUUUCAUUCCACGGCCAACAUUGCAUCCAGCUGCCGGGUCAUCGCCGCCUCCGCUACCACCACGUACCCAUUCGAACAGCAGUACUCCAUAUCAGGGGCAAGGACGAAUGCCACCGGCGGUACAGCGAGUGAUAGGCACCAUUUUUACUCAGCUGGAUAAUGAUCCGCGAUCCAUCCGGGCCGCUGAGCUCAAGGACCGGGUGCGGUGGGAUGAGGCUCGAACACUCGCCUACGAGAUCUUCCAGGAGCAUCUGGGAACGCUUGGUGCCGAUCAUUUCAGCACAUUAUCCGUAGGAUACAAUCUAGCUGAGGUGGAACUAGAAUCGAACUACCUAGGAGAAGCAGAUGAGUGGUGUCAGUGGGUAUCUGAUAAUGCCCAGCGCGUCUUUGGGUCUAAGCACGCCCUCGCCAUGAAGACCGAGAUUCUGAUGGCAGAGAUCCUGUGUCAACAAAGUAUCAAGAGGCCGAGUCGGUCUGUGCCAAGCUGUUGGCACGCCAGCAAAUGA